UUGGGUGUUAUUGAAAACGCCCCCUGAUUGAGCAUCCGUUAUCAGUGCACAACCGAAUUACUACGCCUCUCGCUAUUCAGUUCGCUGGAAACAGUGGCUACGAGAGUAUCUGUUCUAAACCAGUAAUAAUAUGUUGCACGUUUAAUGUAUACUUUCGUAUAAAUAAACCUAUAGAGAUCAUUUUUACACGACAUGAUCCUAGGCACGAGUCGAUGGCUCGCCGCAGCCAUCCUUUUUCACUUGUCGCGUAUUUCCUUCGCGUGGCUGGAUGACAGACCAGUCCUCGAUGUGCGGAAUGGAAACCUCUUCGUUACUAGUGCCAAGGACCGGAAUAUCACGCUAGAAACUGUCGGGACGAGCUACGUUACUGUUAAUGGAAUUGAUCUGAUGCAAGCUGCGAGAUCGGCCAAGGAAGCUGCCCAGUUGGUCGAAAGAUGGAAAUACGGGGCUCUUGCGGAUUUGCAAAAUACGGUAAAACAGCUCACCGAAAAUUACGAGAAUAUUGUAAACACAGAAUUGGGACCGACUCGUCGUACGCCCGCGGCUGACGGUGCCACCUCGGAUCAAUUCCAGCAACUCUCCACGGAGGUGAAUCUGCUAAAGAUGCGAGUGGCAAGCAUCUUGAGCAGAUUGGUGGCUGACGAGUGCGCGAGUAAUCCUUGCCAGAAUGGCGGCACCUGUGAGGAUAUGAUCGACGGGUAUAAAUGCCGUUGCAGGGAAGGCUGGGAGGGACCGCAGUGCAACGUCGACGUCAACGAAUGCGCCAUAUACGCAGGAACCGAUCUCGGAUGUCAGAACGGAGCUGAGUGUACGAAUCUGCCUGGGACCUACGAAUGUAGGUGCAAGGGAGAUUGGUACGGUAUUCACUGCACCAAACAGUCGAUGGCUUGCAACAUCGAAGGAUCCCGAGAUCUCUGCGGUCACGGUGUCUGCGUUCCUACCACGACGGGGGUUCUCCGGUACACCUGCAUUUGCGAUCAGGGCUGGGAACGUGCUGACCAAGGAAAUCCAGCCUGCGUUAAAGACAUCGAUGAGUGUUCUGGCAAACACCCGGCGUGUUCGGUCGACCCAUUGGUGACCUGCGUCAAUUUGCCCGGAUCUUAUAGCUGCGGCGGAUGUCCUGCGGGGUAUACCGGUAACGGAUACCGGUGUGUCGAUAUCAACGAAUGCGCCGUCAACAACGGGGGAUGCAGCAUCUCUCCUCGCGUUGAAUGCGUCAACACAAGGGGUUCAAGAGAAUGCGGCGCGUGUCCCUCCGGCUAUUCUGGGAACGGAGAGAUUUGCGUAUACGUCGGAGUUUGCAUGAUAGGUAACGGCGGGUGCCAUCCGCUCGCUACUUGCCUUCACACCCCGGGCAUGGUCCAAGGAACGGUGCAGUGCCGUUGUCCACCUGGAUACAUGGGCGACGGAAUGGGACCCCAUGGUUGCUGGAUAGCGAACGGGGGUAAUUUCGGGCCCUCUGCAUGCUCGAGCAAUCCGUGCAGCCAUGGAAGUUGUGUGCCGAUCGGAACGAACGACUACAGGUGCAAUUGCCAAGCAGGAUAUAAAGGAAUAAAUUGUAAUAUCCGGAACAAUCCUUGCGACCCUAAUCCGUGUAGGAACGAAGGAACUUGCAGGGUCUCUGCAGAUGGAAGCAGGGCCAUAUGCAGAUGCACUUCGCAAUUCUCCGGGCCCCGAUGCUCAACGGCACGGCAGAGCUGCGGAGGUACCCUAACAGAUCCUGCGGGUACGCUGCAAUUCCCUAGCUCUGGCAAUGUAUAUCAAAACGGUUUGAGCUGCGCCUGGGCUUUAACGACCAAUACCUCUCUUGUCCUCAAUGUCACAUUCAUCGCUUUCAAGUUGGAAAAUUCGAAUGAUUGCCAGAACGACUUUGUCCAGAUUCACGAUGGCGGAUCAGCCGGUGAUCACAUGAUUGGAAGAUACUGUGGGGACCAUUUGCCCAAUGGUACAGGAACCAUAAUAUCAUCCCGACACACACUGUACUUGUGGUUCCAUUCGGAUCACAGUAUUUCGGACGAUGGAUUUACCUUGCAAUGGAAUUCGAUAACACCGUUGUGUGGGGGUGAAAUAAUUGGCGAACAUGGAACAAUACGUUCACCUGGAUCGCCAGGAAAAUAUCCUCCGAACAGGGACUGUGAUUGGCACGUGGAAACUUCUCCAGGGAAAAAAAUUCAAUUCCACUUUUACUCUAUGGCGCUGGAGCAGCACCCGAACUGCGACCACGAUAAUCUAACGAUAAGAGGUGGACCCGAGGAAGACAGCCAGCAAUUAGGACUUUACUGCAAUCACACUCAACCUCCGCCACUGAUUACACCCGGAAAUGAGGCAUGGCUUCAUUUUCAUUCUGACGGCGCUGUUCAGGAUAAUGGUUUCCAAAUUACUUUUUCGAGCAUAGCAGGUGCGGAUGGUUGCGGGGGAGUUCAUACAGAUCCGUCAGGUUACAUUACUUCACCCCGUUUCCUUGAAAGGUAUGAAGCAAAUCAAGAAUGCGAGUGGAAGAUCCAAGUAGCUAAUGGAGAACGAAUCAAAAUAACAUGGGUUACUCUAGACGUCGAAAAUUCCGAGAAUUGUCGUUACGACUAUGUUGAGCUAUUUGACGGAGAUAACAGAGAAGCUCCGUCAUUGGGAAAAUUCUGUGGUCGUAAUGCUGGUGCACUUCCUCCAGACAAACUAUCUUCUUCAAAUAUUGUAUUGAUCAGAUUUGUAUCUGACUGGUCUUUGAACGGAAAAGGUUUUCACUUACGAUACGAAGUCUGGUGUGGCGGAGAAUUUACGGAGCCAACAGGUGUCAUAAAAUCACCGUAUUAUCCGAAUCCUUAUCCUGCUUCAAAGACGUGUAUCUACGAGAUAAUACAACCACUUGGCAAAGCCAUAAGACUCACGAUCCAGUCAAUGGAUAUCGAGGACCUUCAUUACAACUGGUGUCGUUUUGACUACCUGAAAAUUCACGAUGGUGAUAAUGAAAAUUCAACACUAAUCGGCACUUAUUGUGGCACCAACUCGUCAAUUCCUGAAUCUCCGAUCAUGUCGACCCAUAAUUAUUUGUGGAUCAAGUUUGUGUCAGAUUACUCUGGCCGUAAUGCGGGAUUCUUGGCUACAUAUACUACUCUAGAUGUCAGGUGUGGAGGUAUCUUAAAAGCACCUUCGGGAGUAAUUCACUCACCAUCCACCACAAAUUGGUAUGGUCGUACGCAAGACUGUACGUGGAUAAUUCAGGCACCACCAGGACAGAUUGUAAAACUGGAUUGGCAUACAUUUGAUCUGGAAGACAGCAGUGACUGUCGUUUUGACUAUGUCAAAAUAUCUCAGAAUUUAUCAAGCACCUCACAAGUGGAUAUGGGAACCUACUGCGGCUCAACCGUACCACUUACAAUGAUGACCCAAUCACGAAUGAUGACAAUUCGAUAUUAUACUGAUGAAUCUAUCACUAGAGAUGGUUUUAUGGCUUCAUAUAUAUUUAUUGACGGCUCCAAGUUUUGCGGUGGAAACUAUUACUCGUUGACUGGUGUCAUUACAUCACCUAAUUACCCCAAUAGAUACCCGGAAAGAAGGACUUGCGAAUGGACCAUCAUUGCCCCUAAUAGACACCAAGUUUUAUUAAAGGUUACAGCGUUCGAGUUGGAAAGAUUUAGGUCUUGUUCAUUUGACUACCUUGAAAUUAGAAAUGGUGGUCUCCCAACAUCCCCUUUGAUUGGGAAAUAUUGUGGAACGGAGAUUGCAAAUCAAACCAUUCAGAGCUUUAGUAAUAAAAUGUAUCUGAAGUUUGUCACAGAUCAGUCGGUUAGUCUUUCUGGGUUCAGAAUAGAAUGGGACAGCAAUACCGUGGGUUGUGGCGGUACUUUAAGCAAUGUUGCAGGAACCAUCUCUUCUCCGAAUUAUCCUCAGCCCUAUAGUCAUAAUGCUGUUUGCACCUGGAGCAUUAAAGUCGCCGCUGGCAGUCUUAUUCAAUUUGUGAUAAUUGACAUUGAACUUGAAGAACAAUCCAAUUGUUAUUCUGAUUAUAUAGAGAUUUUUGAAGGACCCUAUAGCUGGCGUGAUAAAAAAUUAGGAAGAUACUGCAAUUCAAAUAAUCCUCUGACCAUAAAUACUACGACCAAUAUAGCAACCAUACGUUUUCGCAGUGAUUUCAGCGGCAGCGGUCGAGGCUUCCAUAUCAAUUACAGGGCUGUGUGUCAUAGAAAGCUUGAUGAUUUCCGUGGAGUUAUUGAAUCACCCAAUUUCCCAAAUAAUUAUCCUAAUUACGAAAAUUGUAGCUGGUUAAUUGAGGCACCUAUGGGUAACAAGCUAAACAUCACCUUUUCUCACUUUGAUUUGGAACAGAGUCAUUUCGAUGAAUCUUGCUCGUAUGAUUAUUUGACGAUAAAGGAAGGGGUAGAUAACACACCGAAUAGAGUUAUCGGAACGUAUUGUGGCUUGAGACACCCACCAUCAAAAAUUGUAUCUACCGAAUCCCAGGUUUUUCUACAAUUUAUUUCGGAUGGUAGUGUACCUUACAAUGGCUUUCGACUUGAAUGGGUUGUCAAUGGUUGUGGUGGUGUCCUGAAUAAAGCAGUAGGAACAAUCACGUCUCCGGGAUACCCUGAACCCUAUCCUGCAAAUAUUGAAUGCAAGUGGACGAUUGAGGUGGACUAUACUCACAGCAUAGAAGUUACUUUCAUCGAUGUGCAGCUAGAAACAGUGCAGGAUUGUCAGCAUGAUAGACUCACCAUUUACGGUGGAGCCAGCACUGAAGCACCUAUAUUAAUAGAUACGUGUGGAAUGAAUAGUUCGCAUUCAAAUAUCUUCACAAGUUCAAACAACAAGAUGUUGAUCAACUUCAAAGCAGAUCAUAAUUAUCAAGGCACAGGCUUUAAAAUAACGUACCGAAGCGUGAACAUUCAGUGUGGUGGAAGGUUCACAACGCCAACAGGUGUCAUAAGUUCACCUAACUACCCAAACAAUUAUCCACGCAAUCGGAACUGCGAAUGGCUUAUACAAAUGCCUCCCAAUCAUCAUGUAAACCUUACAUUCACCGAAUUUGAUGUUGAGCACACAGGAAAUUGUACCGACGAUUAUGUUAGAAUUUAUGACGGUUCCACACGAGAUGCACCUAUACUGGGUUCUUACUGUGGCAACAGCAACCCUCCAACUCAAAUUUCGUAUGACAACGAGCUCUUGGUAGUUCUCAGAUCCGAUAGUUACGUUACAUCGAAAGGUUUCAGUGCUACCUAUAAUAUGGCAUGUGGCGGACGCAUUGCUGCUGAUCCCCCAGGAUUUAUUUCCAUAAAUUCUCCACUUGGAUUGCAUACGGAUGUAUAUAACUGCACCUGGAUUAUUGUAGCACCAGACCUUGCGGAUCAUGUUACGAUAACACUGACACAUUUGCAACUUAGUAAACAAUCUUGGCUUGACAAUUGUGAGGAAAGUUCUCUACAGAUUUACGAAGGAGAAGGGACAGAUGGACCUCUGCUGAAGAGAUUGUGCUCGACUACAGUACCUCCACCACUCACAAGUCAAGGAAAUGCUUUCACUGUCCAAUUGUCGUCUUUUAAUAUGCAGCUCUCAAGUUUUACAGCCAUGUAUUCUACACUCAAUUCAGCAUGUGGAGGAAAUUAUACAUCAGAACACGGUACUAUUGCCACGCCAGGAUAUCCAGAUAAUUACCCUCGAAAUGUCGAGUGUGUUUGGAUACUCCCAGUAUCUCCGGGGAAUUCUAUAAGUUUAUCCUUCACUGACUUCGCCAUUACGCAAAAUCCCAACUGUAAUUCAGAUUAUUUAGAAGUGCGAGAAGACAACGCCAUUGGCAAUCUAGAAGGCAUUUAUUGUGGCUCGAGUAAAAGUAACAUAAUUUCAAAUAAAACUCUGUGGAUGAAAUUUGAGACUUCAAAUAUAACAACUGAGAAAGGGUUCAGGGCCGAGUACCACUUAUUGCAUAACAACGAUUUAACUGGACCCACUGGCAAAGUUACCUCACCACUGUACCCACGACCAUGCAUGCUUGAAGGAGAUUAUUCAUAUCGUAUUACAGUUCGCUUUACACAGUCAAUACAAAUUACUUUUGAAGAUUUCCACCUUGAGACAUAUACAGAUGAUUGUAACAAUUUGCUGACUAUUUAUGACGGAUACGACGCAUAUGCACCUAAGCUGACCGAAAACUGUGGCCUGAUAUUACCAGAGUCGGUAAAAUCCUCUGGUAAUGUAGUUUACAUUGUGUUUUCCACCACAGUAUUCAGAAGCGGCAGUUGGUUCCACCUAAGCUGGUUAGAAGUUCCUAGGGAUACAGAUGAAUCUUCAUUUGAUACGAACGAAUGCGAGGAAAUCAUAUCGCUGUCAAAUUCGUCGAAUAGCACUUAUGUAUUUCAUUCGCCUGGAUGGCCUGAGGGUUACGACAACAACCUUAACUGCAAUUGGAUAUUUGAAUCAUCUCCCGGAACACAUCUUGCUUUGGCGUUCCAUACCUUAGAUCUCGAAGAAGAUGCGACUUGCCUCUCAGAUCAAGUCAAAAUUUAUUCAGGAACUUCUUUGGCCACGCAACGUGAAUGGUCUUACAUUGGAAGCUAUUGUCACCCUAACAUGACAUACACGCUUAUACAAACUUCCAAUUUAAUGAAGGUGGAAUUCCACAGUGAUUCAUGGAUUAAUAAAACUGGAUUCUCAGCGCGUGUUUAUAAGGUUUGUGGCGGUGAGUUAAAUGGUCCAAAUGGAGUAAUAGAAGUUAAUUCCACAUCUCCAAUGGGGCGGCAAGUUUGGUCAGUAGCAUGUCAAUGGAACGUUACAGUAAGACCUGGGAGAAAGAUAGAAGUGACUAUUAUUGACUUGAACAUAGAAACUGGCACUGAUAACUCAGCAUGCAGUAAUAACUUCCUUAUGUUGAAAAAUGGUGGCUCAAGUGCUUCUCCUCUUCUCGGCAAUGGCAAAUAUUGCGGCCAGAAUAUUCCAGGUCUGCUAACUACAACUGGAAACCAACUAUAUGUCUAUGUGGUGGGGACAAAGUCCGGGACUCAGUUCAAAUUAUCAUAUCGGGAAGUGGGAAGCAAUUGUGGUAGUUCAUACCGUUUAACAGAUGCACUGAAAAGUAUCCAAAUAAAAACACCAAACUUUCCAAACAUUCCACACCCAUAUACAGAAUGUUCUUGGACAAUUAUGGCUCCAAGUGGACAAUCAAUCACGAUCGAUUUCGAGUCUUUUGACCUAACAAGUGAUUUGAAUUGCGCCAAAGAAUAUUUGGAAGUUAGAGAUGGCGGAACUGAUUCAUCGUCACUUAUGGGACUGUUUUGUAGCGCUGAAAUACCCAGUAGUAUGAUUACGACUGGGAAUUUUAUGUACCUCCAUUUUUAUACUGAUGUUGACAGUCCCAAGCAGGGAUUCAACGCUACUGUGAGCAUUGAAAAUAUUUGUGGUGGAACUCUAAGAGGGAGAAAUAACAGAAUACAAUCACCUAAUUACCCUUCGCCAUAUCCCGAUCAAACUACUUGUACUUGGCGUGUUUUGGGACCACCUGGUCAUACAAUGAAGCUGCAAUUCCAAGACAUCAAUCUACCUCGUCGAUAUAGAUGCAAUUCCACUGACCACGUCGAUAUCUCAGCGCAAGUAGGGAACAACCGCAGUAACGUACUGCAAUUAGGACAAUAUUGUGGCAACCAAAAUCCUGGGAUAAUUGAAACACCAGAAAACAAUGUAUUGAUCAACUUCACAAGCAUGGGUUACCGUUACACUGGGUUCAGAGGAUUCAGUAUGAAUAUAUCAAGUUCUUUAGAAGCUUGUGGAGGUUUUCUUACUGGUUCAUCAGGUGAAUUCCAAUCACCUGGAUAUCCUAAUCGGGGGGUACCCAAAUACAGGGGAUGUGUAUGGAAAAUAAUACUGCCUGAAGGGUAUCGCGUUAAAGUAGAUAUCUUGGAUAUGGGUUUCGGUACUCGAAAUUCAAGAUCAUACUGGUCCACAUCACAGAUUGCAUUUUCUAAUGACUUGGAUAAAAUGUCUCGUUCUAAAGUAAUUCUGGCUGACUCUACAGAGAGGGAAGCGUAUAGCACUAGUAACACAAUGACGAUUUUUUACUGGUCAGCUUCUGUUGCCCACAAAGGUUUCAAAGCUCGCUACAGCAGUAUCGCGCCAGCUUUAUGUGGAAGUGCAACGACAAAUGAUCAAGGUGUCUUGAUCUCUAAUCAGAAUCCUGUCUACGACAUGAGGACCUUUUCGUGUAAUUGGAAAGUUUCUUCACCUACUGUCAAUGUAACCGAUCAAACACUUGCAUUGACCAUAUCUGGAGUUGUUGGUAAAACUAAUAUACAAACAACAAUUAGUAAUUGCGAAAAUAUGCCAUCUUACAUCCUAAUAAGUGGUGAAAAUCAAAUAAUAUCCUGUAUCUCUGGAAAUUUCACCCAGGAUAUUGUCGUUCGUAGUCCCAUGCCAGUCAAUAAAAUUACCAGUUUGAAAAGAUCUUGGGGUUCGCCGAAUGUAAACUUCACCAUUAAUUAUCACUGGCAUCAAUGUGGUGGAAUUCUAAGCGGCCCUUCACAUACUAUUUCUGCACCUAGACGUCAAACGCAUCCUGUUGAAUGCGCCUGGUAUGCAAAGUUCCCAGAUAAUGGAGAGACUAUUGCAUUGAGUUUUAUAAAAUUGAAUAUGUCAUGUGAUAGCGGCUAUAUUCUCAUAAGGUAUGGUGGCCCAUUGUCACCAUUAGAUAAAACAAAGUAUUGCGGAUACAUGAUACCGGGAAACAUAACAUCAGUAUCAAAUGAGUUAUGGAUCGAAUACCAUAGUAGCGCCUCGAGCAAUGACUUUGAAAUUCAGUUGAACACGAUUGUAAAUGGUUGUGGCGGAAUGAUGCAUGGAAGAAGCUCAUACAUUUCUAGUCCCAACUUCCCGCAAAAGUAUCCAAACAAUGCAGAGUGCACGUGGUUCAUAGAAGUGGAAAAUGGCUAUAAUAUUGGAUUGGUGUUUGUGGAUCGUUUCCAUCUUGAAGAGAGUACAAAUUGCGCAAACGAUUUUAUUCAGAUGUUUGAGUGGAAAGAGAAUGUGACUACUGCUACCGCUUAUUGGUCAGAUCUAGGCAAAGUAUGUGGACGAUCUCGCCCGUCACCGUUCAAUUCAACUUCAAAUAGAAUGAAGGUUUUGUUCAGGUCAAAUGAUGUACUUCAAGGUGACGGAUUCCAUGCUCGUUGGAAUGUGAACUGUGGUGGCACUUUGUUAGUCUCUAAGAGAAUACAAUACCUCACGUCACCUGGAUGGCCUGUUCUCUACGAAAACAAUCUUUCUUGCGAGUACACGUUCUUAGCACCUGAGAAGUACUUCAUUAUUGAGUUUACAUCCUUUGAAUUGGAACGUGGUUUAACUUGUCGGUACGAUAAUGUGACUAUAAGUUAUUCUGAUUACCGGGAUCCGUCCAUUUGGUGCGGUAACGAAAUUCCAACUAAACAAAGAAUUUAUUCACAUUCAGAACUAAGUUUCAAGACAGACGAAACUACACGAAAACGGGGAUUCGAAUUGAAAUAUUAUAUUGACGAAUGUGGUGGUGAGAUUACUGAACCUAGUGAUAUAAGAUCACCGUCGCUGGACGAAAGUGGUGAUUACCAUGGUGGAAUCAACUGUACUUGGACAGUAAAAGCACCACCUGGAAAAGCUGUUCUUGUUCGAUUCGAGUCUUUCGACCUCGAAAGUUCCAGACUGUGUCGCUAUGACUAUGUAGCUAUAUACAACACAUCAACCAUUGACGAACAUAGCAAGCCAGACGUAUUUUGUGGUACCAUGAGUGAUGUUCCACUAUUCACGAGAUCAGACACCGGCUCAAUGAUUAUUAAUUUCAUUACAGACUACAGCGUCCACCACAAAGGAUUUCGUGCUAAGAUUUUUUUCAGUACUAGUAUAGCAGCUGGAUGUGGCGGCCACAUCACCCUGAAUUCUCAACCACAAACAUUUAGAACCCAGAGGGGUACAACUUAUGAAGCAUUUGAGGACUGCCAUUGGCUUGUAAAGGCAUCAAGCAACAGUAUUAUUAAACUAACAAUAACCAGCAUUGAUUUAAAAUAUUCCAACUUCACAAGUGGAAAUGAAAAAAAAUGUUCCGGUGAUUACUUAGAGAUUCAUGAUGGUGACAGUCAAUAUUCUGAACUGAUAGACUAUUAUUGCGGAAAUAUUGUGCCUUCCACAUUCAUUGUAUCGUCGUCAAAUAGAAUGUGGAUCAGACUGGUGACUGACGGCUCGCUGAAUGGCAAUGGAGUGACUGCUACAUUGGAAAGCCUCCCUUCACCCUGUGGCAAUCCGAUCUUAACAGUUGGAAAUCAGACCAAGACAUUAACUUCACCAGGAUUUGGUUCUACGUACGAGCCUGGAUUAAGGUGUAAUUGGAUUCUGUCAACGCCAACAGACAACAUACUAGGGCUUACUAUUCACUUCGACCAUUUUGACUUGGAAAGUUCUAAGAAUUGUAAUGACGAAAAGUUGAUGAUCAUCGAUAAGAACCCCAGUGGCUACAUCAGUGAGGGCUUUGGUGAUGACGUUGUGUAUUAUGGAAUAGAAGAGCAUCAUGCAACGCCUGCUUGGACAGGCGACAAUGGAGCAGAAAGAAUUUAUUCGUAUUGUGGAAAUAGAACACCACACGACUUUUACAGCACUGGGAUAGCCGUUGAAAUUAAAUUCAUAUCCUCUCAAAAUCCAAAAUCAAGGCACACUGGAUUCAAGCUGGGGUACAGUACGAGUCUCUGCAAUCGCAAUUUCACUGGUGAACAGGGUCGCAUUAGUCAUGAAGGUUUAACGGAUUGCUGGUUCACAAUCACUGCUGCAGUCGGAUAUACAAUUUCGCUCUACUUUACGAGCUUUAAUUUAUAUGACAGCCGGGCUUGCACCAAUAAUGCUUUGCAGAUACGCGAUGGGAAUUUCAGUGCUAGCGUGUUAGACCAAAUAUGUGGAGUAGAACUGCCAAGUCCUAUCUUCAGUUCUGGAAACCAGCUAAGUUUGCAUUCAUGGUCUAGCAAUUAUUACGGCUCUAGUAGCUAUGAUAUAACUUAUACAACGACCAAAAAAGGAAGAGGCUGCGGAGGAAAACUUUAUAAUUAUUCAGGUCGAUUUACAUCCCCAUUAUACCCACAACAUUAUCGAAAUGCGAGCACAUGUACUUGGGAAGUGAGCGUACCAGCCGGUAAUGUUGUCGUGUUAGACUUUGAAAAUUUCAACACAGGAUCAGAACAAACUUGCCACACCGACUUUUUACAAGUUGUUGAAAAUUAUGAAGAUACAUUAUCUUCAAGCAAAUUUUGCGGACCUCGCCCACCUAGUACGUAUACAGCACGCACGGACACGGUACAAGUGGAAUAUCAUACGUCAUUACAUAACAGAGGUACUGGCUGGACAAUACGGUUCUUCGCUCAACGCCACGUGUAACGCAGCCACAUUGAUACAUUGUCUGAACUUCCUUGAUCGCAAGGUAUUUUUAAACAUCUCUUCUACAUGAUACAAGCUAAAAAUGUAAUUAAUAACGUAAAAUACAUGCGUCAAGAACGAUAUGUACAGUAAAUCGUCAGUAACACAGAAAACAAUAAAAUUCAUGUAAAAUUACAA